AUGUCGGCAGCAGCAAGAAACGUCGGCGUCACCGCAGGCGCAUCAUCGUCUCGCAUGGUGGCCAGCGCCUUCCGUCAUUCAGCACUCACUCGCAGCUCUCGAGCCCUCUCCUCCUCUUCCUCCAACAGCAGCAUCAACGGCCCAUUCAAGGCAACAACACCUUCCACCUCCACCACUUCCACAUCUCCAACACCCAGCAACAUCGACUGCCUCAGCUGGGGCAAAUACCUUCAACUCCGAAGAUCUCGUCGUCUCGCAGGCAUGGUCACCACCAUCCCCACCACCUUUCUCGCAGGUGCUGCAGCCGGAUCUUACUUUCUCACUCUCGAAAUCGACCCUAGCAACUCCAUUGCUGGUCUAGAUCCAAUCUACAUCAACGCCGGCUUGACUCUUGCAUGCACAGGUCUCGGCUGGCUUACAGGCCCCACAGUUGGCGCUUCGAUUUGGGCGUUGCUUCACAGGAAGAAUGCAAAGCAGAUCGCGCAGAAGGAUCACGAUUUCUAUGAGCACAUCAAGAGGAACAGGGUGGAUCCGACAAGACAAUCUGUGCAGAACCCAGUGCCGGACUACUAUGGAGAAAAGAUUGGCAGUAUUAAGCAGUACAGGCAGUGGUUGCGUGAUCAGGCCGCAUUCCGACGCAAAGCAGCACAUGGACUCGAGCAAGAUGCAUGA